AUGAACGUCUUUCAUAUCGAGAGUCAUCCGUCCCGACGACGGAUCCCCUGGAUAGGCCCGUUGCUGGGCCUCAUCUUGAUCUGCCUCUUCUAUUCGCAGUCGAAACCGCCUCACAGUCCCACGGUGGGAGCGCCCGUCAGAGCCACCAAAGAUCCGCUUCGCGAGUGUCCCGAAUACGAGGGUCUGAAAGAUGUGCUCGUUGUGCUCAAGACGGGGGUGACGGAGGCCCGUGAAAAGGUCCCCAUCCAUCUGCAGACCACGCUGCGCUGCGUGCCAAACUACAUCCUGCUCUCCGACUUCGAGGAGGACAUCGGCGGCGUGCACGUCUACGAUGUUCUGCGCGGCCUACCGGAGCAUGUGCGGCGAACCCACCCCGACUUCGACAUCUACAAUCGCGUGCGAGAAGGCGGGCGACAGGCCCUGACCAAGGAGGAUCUGACGCAAGACGUCAACACGGCGUUCGGAAAACCCAACAACCCCGGGUGGAAGCUGGACAAGUGGAAGUUUCUGCCGAUGAUUGACGCCGCGAUUCGUGUCCAGAGCGAAGCGAAGUGGUACGUGUUCAUGGAGGCUGACACGUACUUUGUGUGGCCGAACCUUCUUGGAUGGUUGAGCAAGUUCGACUGGCGAAAGCCGCAUUAUCUGGGAAACCAGAUGCAAAUUUCGGAUGUGCUCUUUGCCCAUGGUGGGUCAGGGUUUAUUCUCUCGCAGCCUGCGAUACGGCGCGCGUGGAAUUUGAUGCAGUCCGACAUCAACAAAUGGAUGCAGGUGAACGACGAGCACUGGGCUGGCGACAGCGUGCUGGGGAAACUUCUCUCGGAGGCGGGAGUGAACCUCCUGUGGUCGUGGCCGAUGCUGCAGAACGCGCACCCCGCAGAGUUCGAUCCCUUCACGGAGGGCUACUUCAAGACACCGUGGUGCUAUGCGCCGGUUGCGUAUCACCACAUGGUUCCGGAACAGAUCGCCGAGCUCUGGAAGUUCGACCGACGAUGGUUCCACGAUGGAAACAAGAUUCUUACCUACCGCGAUGUGUUCCGCCAUGUGGUUCGCCCGCGACUGAACCUCGUCCAGAACGACUGGGAUAAUAAUCUGGAUGAGAGCAACAGCCGCAGUAGUCUGAGCACAGUGGAGUGUCGGAAGCAUUGUGUCAACGAUCCCGCGUGUCUACAGUACACAUUUGACUCUGGGCGAUGCUGGACCUCCCAGGGCGCGAAGCUGGGAGUGAAGAAGCCCGGAGUGACAUCUGGCUGGAUUGAGACUCGGAUCGAUGCAAUGAUGGAACGACUGGGCCACUGUCGCCAGCCAAAUUGGGUGAUAUGA